GCGCAGCCUCCGCCCCGGCUCGGUGCGCACGCCCGCGGCCCCACGCGAGCCCUGUCCGUCCUGCGCCGCCGUGUCCCGCGCCGCCGAGACCCGCGCACGGCGGCCGCUGCGUCCCGACCGAGAGCGGAGCCCGGCGCGAUGCGACUCUCCGGGGCGGGCCGCGCGGCGCUCCUGGUGCUGCUGGCCGCGCACUUCCAGGCGAGUCUAGCGCUGGAGGAGAAGAAAGUUUGCCAAGGGACAAGUAACAAGCUCACCCUGUUGGGCACUUUUGAAGACCACUUUCUGAGCCUCCAGAGGAUGUUCAACAACUGUGAGGUGGUCCUUGGGAAUUUGGAAAUUACCUACAUGCAGAGUAGUUACAACCUUUCUUUUCUCAAGACCAUCCAGGAGGUUGCUGGCUAUGUGCUCAUUGCCCUCAACACGGUGGAGAAGAUUCCGCUGGAAAACCUGCAGAUCAUCCGAGGAAAUGUGCUUUAUGAAAGCACCCAUGCCUUAGCGGUCUUAUCCAACUAUGGAGCAAACAAAACCGGACUGAGGGAGCUGCCCUUGAGAAACUUACAGGAAAUUCUGCAAGGUGCCGUGCGAUUCAGCAACAACCCUGUCCUCUGCAACGUGGACACCAUCCAGUGGCGGGACAUCGUCAACCCUGAAUUUCUAAGCAACAUGACAGGGGACUUUCAGAACCAGCUGAGCAACUGCCCGAAGUGUGAUCCAGUCUGUCUCAAUGGAAGCUGCUGGGGUGCUGGGAAGGAGAACUGCCAGAAAUUGACCAAAAUCAUCUGUGCCCAGCAGUGUUCCGGGCGCUGCCGUGGCAGGUCCCCCAGCGACUGCUGUCACAACCAGUGUGCCGCUGGCUGCACGGGGCCGCGGGAGAGUGACUGCCUGGUCUGCCGCAGGUUCCGUGAUGAAGCCACCUGCAAGGACACGUGUCCACCACUCAUGCUCUAUGACCCUACCACCUACGAGAUGAAGGUCAACCCGCUGGGGAAGUACAGCUUUGGCGCCACCUGUGUCAAGAAGUGUCCCCGUAACUAUGUGGUGACCGACCACGGCUCAUGCGUCCGCGCCUGCAGCUCUGACAGCCAGGAGGUAGAAGAAGAUGGUGUCCGCAAGUGUAAAAAGUGUGACGGGCCUUGUGGCAAAGUUUGUAACGGAAUAGGAAUCGGUGAGUUUAAAGGCACACUUUCCAUAAAUGCUACAAACAUUAAACACUACAGAAACUGCACAUCCAUCAGUGGAGAUCUUCAUAUCCUGCCAGUAGCAUUUAAGGGUGACUCCUUCACACAUACUGCUCCUCUGGACCCGAAAGAGCUGGACAUUCUCAAAACUGUAAAAGAAAUUACAGGGUUUUUGCUGAUUCAGGCCUGGCCCGAAAACAGGACUGACCUCGAUGCUUUUGAGAACCUGGAAAUCAUACGUGGCAGAACGAAGCAGCAUGGCCAGUUCUCUCUUGCGGUCGUCGGCCUGAGUAUAACAUCCUUGGGGUUACGCUCCCUCAAGGAGAUAAGCGACGGCGAUGUGAUAAUUUCAGGAAAUCAAAACCUGUGCUAUGCGGACACGAUACGCUGGAAGAAGCUUUUGGGGACCUCAACUCAGAAUGCCAAAAUUUCAAAAAACAGGAGUCAACAAGAGUGCAGCGCCACGGGCCACAUCUGUCACCCUCUGUGCUCAUCAGAGGGCUGCUGGGGACCUGGACCCAAAUACUGCUUGUCCUGUCAGAACUUCAGUCGUGGCAAGGAGUGUGUGGAAAAGUGCAACAUUCUAGAGGGAGAGCCCAGGGAGUUCGUGGAGAAUUCCGAGUGUGUGCAGUGCCAUCCAGAAUGCCUGCCCCAGGCCAUGAAUGUGACCUGCACUGGACGCGGACCAGGCAACUGUGUGAAAUGUGCCCACUACAUUGACGGCCCUCACUGCGUCAAGACCUGCCCUGCUGGAGUCGCGGGAGAGAACGGCACCCUGAUCUGGAAAUUUGCAGAUGCCAGUCAUGUGUGUCACCUCUGCCACCCCAACUGCACCUAUGGCUGUACAGGGCCAGGUCUCAAAGGCUGUGCAGCAGAUGGGCCCAAGAUCCCGUCCAUCGCCACGGGCAUCGUGGGCGGCCUGCUGCUGGCGCUGCUGCUGGCCCUGAGCGUCGGCCUCUUCAUGCGCAGGCGCCACAUCGUGCGCAAGCGCACUCUGCGCCGGCUGCUGCAGGAGCGAGAGCUCGUGGAGCCUCUGACGCCCAGCGGAGAAGCUCCCAACCAAGCUCUCUUGAGGAUCUUAAAGGAAACAGAAUUCAAAAAGAUCAAGGUGUUGGGCUCAGGAGCAUUCGGCACCGUGUACAAGGGACUCUGGAUCCCAGAAGGCGAGAAGGUUAAAAUUCCUGUAGCUAUCAAGGAGUUAAGAGAAGCCACAUCUCCAAAAGCCAACAAGGAAAUUCUCGAUGAGGCCUAUGUGAUGGCCAGCGUGGACAACCCCCACGUGUGCCGCCUGCUGGGCAUCUGCCUGACCUCCACAGUGCAGCUCAUCACACAGCUCAUGCCCUUCGGCUGCCUGCUCGACUACGUCCGCGAGCACAAGGACAACAUCGGCUCCCAGUACCUGCUCAACUGGUGUGUGCAGAUCGCAAAGGGCAUGAAUUACCUGGAAGACCGGCGCUUGGUGCACAGGGACCUGGCGGCCAGGAACGUGCUGGUGAAGACGCCGCAGCACGUGAAGAUCACAGACUUUGGGCUGGCCAAGCUGCUGGGUGCCGAGGAGAAGGAGUAUCACGCAGAAGGAGGCAAGGUCCCUAUCAAAUGGAUGGCUUUGGAAUCAAUUUUACACCGAAUUUAUACCCAUCAGAGUGAUGUCUGGAGCUAUGGAGUCACUGUUUGGGAGUUGAUGACCUUUGGAUCCAAGCCGUACGAUGGAAUCCCUGCGAGUGAGAUCUCAACUGUCCUGGAGAAAGGAGAGCGCCUCCCGCAGCCACCCAUCUGCACCAUCGACGUCUACAUGAUCAUGGUCAAGUGCUGGAUGAUAGAUGCAGACAGUCGCCCAAAGUUCCGUGAGUUGAUCCUUGAAUUCUCCAAGAUGGCCCGAGACCCCCAGCGCUACCUUGUCAUCCAGGGGGAUGAGAGAAUGCAUUUGCCAAGCCCUACAGACUCCAACUUUUACCGCGCCCUGAUGGAUGAGGAGGACAUGGAGGACGUUGUGGAUGCUGAGGAGUACCUCAUCCCCCAGCAGGGCUUCUUCCACAGCCCCGCCACCUCCCGGACGCCCCUCCUCAGCUCUCUGAGCGCCUCCAGCAACACUCCCACUGUGACUUGCGUUGAUAGAAACGGGAGCUACCCUCUCAAGGAAGAUAGCUUCCUGCAGCGCUACAGCUCCGACCCCACUGGUGCCCUCACCGAGGACAGCAUGGACGACGCCUUCCUCCCAGCCCCCGAAUAUGUAAACCAGUCUGUUCCCAAAAGACCCGCAGGCUCUGUCCAGAACCCUGUCUAUCACAAUCAGCCUCUAUAUCCAGCCCCUGGCAGAGACCCUCAGUACCAAACUUCACGCAGCCACGCCGUGGACAACCCUGAGUAUCUCAACACCACCCAUCCAGCCUGUGUCAAUGGUGUACUCGACGGCCCUGCCCUCUGGGCUCAGAAGGGCAGUUACCAAAUUAGCCUAGACAACCCUGACUACCAGCAGGCCUUCUUUCCCAAGGAAGCCAAGUCGAAUGGCAUCUUUAAGGGGCCUGCAGCUGAAAAUGCAGAAUACCUGCGGGCAGCACCAGCAGGCAGUGACUUUACUGGGGCCUGACCAUGGAGGACAACAUCAGCCAUAAACUUCCAGCCCCUUCAGCCCCCAGGACCAAGCCAUGGCAGCUGUUGAGUCCUGACCACCAUGCCGACAUUAACUCUUGGACCCAUGGACUGGUUUGUCCAUAUUUGCCCUGAUCAGCCCACCUUUCAACCAAGAAGUGCCCCCGACUCAGAUGCGCUUUGCAGAGUUGCAGGGACUUUCCUUUGUCUUCAAACUGUGAGGCUUCCACAAAAGGCAUCCAGAAACAAUGUUGUCCGUUUGGGCAGAAGUUCACCUUCCAGUGAGGUAUAUUUGAAAAAUACUAAAUAUGUGUAAGGAGUUUUAUUGCUUAGGAGCAUCUGGGGUUUUUUCAUUGACACUGAUUUUACUCUUAAUGAGCUUUUCUAAUAAGGAAAAAGCUUGCUCGUAGCACCUGUGGUACCGAGUUGACCCAGGCCCAACUGUGACUGAGACGCAUGGGCCAGCCUUCCAGCCAGCACUUGAUUCCAUUGGCUCUGCUUGGAGACUCCUCCACUGCAAGACAGCUGAAUAACCAGCCAGUCCUCUGGGUCCUCAGCGGGCCACAUUGGUACUAUAUCCGAUCAAGGCAGGUACAAGACAAUAAGCCACUUUGAACUCUUCCUGAGCAAGGAAGAAACAGAGGGAGUAGAAAUCUUCCUCAGACUUCCUUUUAUAUAGAUGUCUCCACGGUACUCUCUCUCCUUUGGGUGACCAGUGUUUUCUAAUUAUAAGUAUUAGACUUGUUUAUUUUUCCAUUCCAUAGUUUUGAAACCCAGUAUGUUUUCCCUAUACAGCAAAACGGUAACCACGGUCAGCAUAUAUGUGAUUCAUUGGCAUUCAGACCAUUGCCUUUAAUUGAGAUGGAAUGACAGCACGAAAAAGGAACAAAUCCCCCAAAUUUGAGUCUUAGAGGAAAUAUAUCAAGUCUUUGGAGGUUGGGGGACACAUGUCUGUCUGAAGACUGCAUAUGUGAUGCUGCUCUUGAAACUCUCUUAGCUCCCCCAACGCUCCCCCCGACACACACACACACACAGGUUUAGGCUACUCCUAGAAGAUAAUUAUUUUACUCCAAGGGUUUUUUUACUCAAAAGGCACUUUGCUCCUCACUGGGAGGCUGCCCAGAUCCCUCCUUGCCCUUGGUGAGUUGCAGGGUCCAGGCGCGGGGGUGUGCAGGAGUGCCUCACCACGAUGGCACUCUUCACAGGUGAAUAGAGACUGCAUCAUGUGUCACAUGGAAAUCAGGUAAAUACGAAAUCUGACUUUGAAGUUGAUGAUAACGCCUUCAUAACAUCUCCAGGUGCGUGGGCAGAAGAAAACAAUUCCCUCUUAAAAUAGCUGCCUGUAAUUGGAGGACCCUCUACUUAGGACACAAGCUUUUUCUCAUCUGUGGUUUCCCAUCAGAUCCGUGUUUCUCACCCCAAACCCUGAAUGUUACAUAGCUCUUUGUAGACAGUGUUGUAAACACUUUUAGUCAGCAUCCAUCUCAGCCAGGAAGAAGUGUUUCAGACAGUAUUUUCAGUCCAUGGUUUUAUUCAGCUCCCCACUUCCCCCACACACACAAUUUUCCUUUAGCUUUUAAAUUAUUUACUGACUCAGGUGGAUCAGGGCCCCGCAGUUUUGCUAUCAAAGUAUUUAAUUUUGUCUCAGUAGAAAUAUAAACUAUAUUCAGUUCCAUCAUGUUGCACACUUUAACACCUUACCAGCCUGGCAUAGGUAUUAAAGAUAAAAAAUAAAUCGUAGUACCUGAUUCCACAAGAUUCACAGUUUAGCGAUGAAAAUUGACUCACAAAUACUAGCCUGAAAAUGACAUGACAGAUGCCAGGCCAGACUGGUCAGCCCAGCACGGCAACAACACAGGGUGCCUGGGGUGCAGGGGCCAUGGAGUCGGGUCAGAGGACCUCUGGGGCGCCAGCCAGCAAGGAUUGGAAAGUGCAGCGGAGGGAGCCCGGCCCCGAAAGUGUCCCCCAGAGAAGCCUCUCCUCAGCAGCUCCACAGGCGCCGCCGCCCCUUCAAGCCUGGCGUUAGGCUUGGCACGUUCCCCAAGCGCCCUUCCGGUCCAUCCCCACCGGGGGUUUAAAAAUGAUUCGUGAAAAGAUUAUACAACGUCUCUCAGAAUCUGAAAUUUUAUGUCCUUGUCAGCAAACCACGCUCAUUAUUCAUUCACCUCAGAGCAUAGUGCUUUAGCCAGAUACGCAUCCAGCACUGAGAAACAGGGUGACCCACAUUCUUCUAUCACCAGUUUGUCAGGAGACAGAUGAUGAGGGAGCCCCACAACAUCCUGGUCAAUUGCAGCAGUAAGAGCUUAGUAUUUUUGUAAUUUGAAAUGUUUUACUGUAACAUAAUAAAGUAGAGAGAACUAUUCAAGAUUUUUCUUCUUUGUAUUUCAAUGUCCUGGCAUAAAAUCUACUCACUAAAUUUUCUUAAACAUUGUGUUCCCACCAGUUUUCUCGCUGUGUCUGUCCAGGGAGGUUCCCAGGGUCUGUAGACUCUCAAGAGCCUAAGAGGGCAGAGCCUGAGUCCAGGUCCGGGGCCCCCUGGACAGUCAGGAGAGGAGCUCUCACACGGCGGGGCUCUGAGGGGCCGCUGAAAGCUUCACCCUCACCCUUUCGGCUUCUGCUCGUGGACACCAAGCCCUGAGUCCCCACAGGGAGCCUGUCUGCUGUUUCCCCCCCAGCCAGUCCCUGGAGCAUUUCCCCAGAGCCCAGUCAAGCCAGGCCUUCAGAAACAGGUCAGGGAAGGUUAAGAGUGAGAGGCUGUUCACAGCUGACCCUUGAACCUCAUGAGUUUGAACCGUGUGGGUCCACUUAGACACAGAUUUCUUCAAUAGCAGACACAACAGGCCACAUGAGCACCAGUCAGCCGAAUUCACGAUUAAAGAACCAGAAGCUCCGGAGAGCCAACUGUCCACAGUUAUAGGCGAGUCCACUGCUCAGAGGGUCAGGGCCCCGACCUGGGCUGUUCUAGAGUCAGCUGUCCAGUGGGCCGUACAUACAUCUUACCACAUCAUCUUUAAGGAGGCUCUGUUGUCUCACACUAUGAAAAAUAGUUCUGUCACCUCAAGAUAGAGAUGAAUCUUCCAAACUCUAAAUUUGCCCAGAGUUCAGGUUGUCACUGAUUUACAACUAGGAGCACAGUGGAGGGUGCAGAUUACAUUCCAGUUGAUGACAAGGCUUAGAGGUUUGUUGAAAGUUCUUAAUUUUGAGCUUUAGCCUUCCCCUGUCAAAACUGCAGAGAUGCAUGAACCAUGAAGUGCAGAAGCAGACAGGCAGUGGUUCUCAGGCUGACUGCCCUUGGGUGUCUCCUCGGUCCCAACCAAAAAGACUCUGAAUUUGUCUCAGCUGCAGCCUGGGCCGGGCGCUUCUCAGAGCCCCCCUGGUGACUCUGAUGGGCAUCAAAGUUUGGGCAGCAGCUGUGUAAAGAAAAUGGCCUUCAGGGAGACUCGGGCCUGGGCUGACGGCCUCGUGGCGCGCUAGGCGAGGUCUGGGGCUACAGGACGGGCUGUCGGGCCGUAGUGACACCGUGUGCACGGCCCAUCAGGGCUGACUGUGAGCUCGAAAGGACCAGUUUAAUCUAAUUCCAGGGGCUCCCCAUGUGGUUCUAAUGGACACCCAGAGUGGAAACCCUCAGCUCAGGUCACCUUCCCUUGUACUAGCCUAUGCAUCAACACUGUGCCCCCCAUCAGGGCAGAAUCAGAUGAUGUGUGUGGAAGAGGUUCCCGAGGCAGCACCAGAAUGACCACCGCCCUGGUGUGCCUGGAGCCUCGGCUGCUGCUGGCCGUUCCAAAGCCCCUAAUUCCUUGUCACCAGCAGCUAACUCACCUCAAAAGUGGCAGAUACCCCAAAUCUGAGCCUUGAGAAAGCCCUAGAUGGUUUAUUUUCUAAGAAGUUGGUUUAAAAAUCCCAUCUCCUGCUACAGGGAACAAGCUGUUCACCUCAGUGACGGCUCUUGAAGUUGCCCUUAAUGUCUGUUCUGCAUUUAUUACUUGGUGACAAGCACAUUAUUGCAAUGUAAUGAUCUUUGUUUUCCUUGCUGGGGCUGUAAAACGUUACUGAAUAGAGUCUCUUGCCUCUAGUCAUAUCAGCCAUAUCAGGGGCACACAUUUUUGUUCUAUAAAAGACACAUUCCAACAGGAUUUUUAAAUGUAAGUCUAUUUUUGUAACUUUUUAGACCACUGAGCUUUGUAAGGUAUAUUUUUAGGAAAACUCAUUUUUCUACUAAAGGAAAUAGUUUACUUCAGAAAGACUGCAAGAAAAUCAAAAUUUGAAACCGAGAUUGUUGUUUAAACAAUUUUAACGUUUAACAGUUACAAUUGUUGUUUAAAGGGAUUUAACUGAAGCAAGAGAAAAGUCUCUAUCAUAAAAAGGCACAAUGUCAUUGCAGAACUGGCCUAGGCUGUUGCCCUGAUGAAGAGGAGAGUCAUUUUUAUAUUUAUAAAAUGAGAAAAGGAUGCAAUUACAUUUAGUUUCUUUAUCUGAAUCAGGUUCAUUUGACUCUGGGGCAAUUCAGUGGGAAAGAACCACUGUCUAUUACAACUAAUAGACAACAUCAGCUUCAUGCUGUACACCACUCAUCUGCCGAUGGGACUCUGUAAAUGUAAGGAAAACAAUAACAGAGCUCUCUGUUGGUUUAUGUGUACCAAUCUGACUGAUAUAGAUUAUUUUUGUGUUUACAGUUGAUACACAUUUACAAUAUAGACCAGAAAUAUCCGCAGAGCCCUAAUGUUUAGCAUGUUUGAUGAACACCACCAGCAGUUUUCCAAACUAAGCAUAGCCAUCCUAGCGAUGGGGUUUUUAUCUCAGGCUGCACGGUGACACCGUGGUGGUGGGGGAAGGGGAGCUUUUGAAAAUCUUGAGGCCCAACAGUGCCUCAGGCCAGUGAAACCCAGGAUUUAUACUUUGUAAAGCUCCUAAAAUCAUUCUGAUGUACAGCCGAAGCUGAGAACCACCAGCCUAGGGAUUCGCCACAGGUGUAUGGACUUGCAGGUAGAUGAUCCAAGUGUAGGAAUGUCAGCAUUGGGCGAACUCUUAAGCACGAAGACCCCUGCAUCCGUCACUGUGGAUCAGGACCCUGAAUGGAUGGGGAGAGGGCCUAAUCCAUUGAUGAAAAAGAAAUGUAAAACAGACCCCUUCUUCCAUGUCCUCUGUCAAAGGUAGACGGAUAGCAAGCAUCCUUGCUACUUGUCCACCAUCUGACUGCCCUGCCUCCAGCCACUACGCAGCCAUCACUGCCCAGGGAGGAAGGAAUAUACAUAUAUCCUAUAUGUAUAUAGGACAAAAACUGAAGCAAUGACUAGUAUUAUUUUCUCUUCCACAAGUUCAAUAUGCCCUCUGAGGUUACAAUUCCUGUCUGAAUUGCCAGCAGAAGUACCAAGAAUCCCUACUGUGUCACCUGGUAGAUAAAACUGUACAUUUUUAGGUGCAUUUACUUAUUUUUUUCUUAAAGAAAUCCUUUUGACUUAAUUUGGCUACAAAGUAAUCUUGCUGUAAGAUUUGAAAUUUUGGAAAGGAAGACGUACUGUGGAUCUGAUGAUAUAUUAGAGGUGAUGAUGUAAUCAAGUACCCUCAGGCAGCAGUAAUUUCAUUUUUAAACAAGUAAGCAAUAGCUGUAUAGCCUCUAAUAUAUGGUACAUUUUAACAUUAUAACGUUUUUCUGUGAUGAAAUCAAUAUUUGUACAAAUGGAAAGCAAGAUUCUCUUUUAUAUGGUUUACACUGUUGAUCAAAACAUGUUGAUUGUAUAUGGAGUAUUAAAAACUAGAUGUAUACUAUUCAUGUUCUUUGCUCAUAAGUAUCUUAUAAAAACAUUGUAUUCUUGUUAACAAUGCAGUGUUGAUAAUAGUUAUUAAUCAUAUCUGACCUACUGUAGAUGUCCUUUCCUGACAACUUUUUAAAGUUAAUUAAUAAACUUUAUUUUUAGAGCA